AUGCCGAUCUCACAGAACAAGCUCAUGCCAUACUCAGACAACCCGUCGAUCACUGAGGAAAACAACACGGAGCAAAGGAGUGCGCGAACACCAACGCGGAAAAAACGGGGUUCAUCGCGAUUCAAACCGGGACAGUUCUUCCAGAGAUGGUUCAUGUCUUCUCGGCAAUUGAGAUUUCCAGGCCAACAAUCCGUGACUCAUAUCAAUCUCAACCGUUCAAUCAACGACAGUUUAAGAUCUCCCAUCAGGAUCAGACCAGUCAGCCUUCUGUAUAAUAAGCUUGAUCAACAUAAUAUUCUUGGCGAUCAUUGGGUUCAGCCGAACGGGCCAUUCAGUUAUCGCUAUCCCCAAAAAAACAUAGAUGAUUCCUCAAGAGUGAUCUGGUACUGGAAUUAUUUUAAUGAAAUCCUGACGGGUGCCGUUUGCUUUUUUCUGGGUGGAUUUGGAAGUGAAUUCAUUCAAUUAUUCUUGCCGUGGAAAGUGUUUUCAUGGGGUGAUCUACUGGCCAAUGAAUUAGGAUGUUUAGCCGGGUACCAACUCUCCCGAUCAUUGCAUCGUCGCUAUCGGAAUAAACUAGAAUUAUCAAGCCUAUAUGAGCCGCUAGGAGCAGGCGGAUCUUCCUCAAGGGACCUGGAUUCUUCUUUCGAGCAAGAUGAAGACGAAGAAAACUCAAAUGAUAGGCAACAAGCAUCUUCAAAUCCUAUCUUUGGUGCGAAUAAUCCUGAACUUUCUAACGUAUGGUCGGAUAGACUCGAGGAAGGUCAAGAAUACUUUAGGUUCGAAGAAGAUGAAGAAUAA